ACAAUAUGAUAGAGUUGAGCAAGCUUAAUACUCCCAAUUUGCUCUCGCUGUUUCGUGGGACGAAGAGUUUUUCUAAACAUUCUAAGUGUUGGUUGGAUGAUUAUCAUGGAUUUGUAAGGUGUUUCUAGCACGGUUUUGGUCUUUAUAAACGGCAUGGCAAUUACCGUUGAAGAGACUAAAGAUGAUUAUUUAGCUGCUAAGCAAGCCAUUGGUAGGACUGAUGCAAAGAUCUUAUUCGUUCGAAGAUGUAAGACUAGUAAAGAUAAGAAUGACGUAAAAUUAUUGGCCAUAACAGCAUGCCGCGUCUACAUCUUAACAAAGAAACAGCAAUCCAAGAUUGAUUACAGCUUUCACAUCCUUGAUAUAAACUCAUUAGAUUGUUCCAAACCUAUCAAUGUCAACUAUUUUGAUAUCUAUCUUUUUCAGCUGAACAUAACUGUCAAUGUGGGGGAUCGCCAAAAUCAACAUGUUUACCUCUUCGCAAGUCAAGAAGAUUCUGAAAAAGCAGUUUCGUAUUUGCUUGCACUGUUAAAGAGUAACUUUAUAAACAUAAAUGUUGACAAACAGGUAUUUGUGAAAACAGAGUCAAGCCAGAAAGAGGAAGUAAUACGCAAUCAAGCAAAUUUAAUUGUCCAAUCUCUUGCUCCUGAAACACAACCAUGUGCUGGUUUUGCAUUGGCCUACAUGUGUCUGUGUGACUAUUAUAACCAAACAGCUCUUGCAGAAGUGAUUUGGGAUGUUAAUAAAAUUUACGCUAGUCACGACUGUAAGGAUUUUCAAGUAGAGGAUUUUGAUCAUCUUGAGACCAAGGAGAUCACUCCAUUGAUCGCUGCAGUUGGUUACAGCACUUGGUUCACAAGUUUUGUUGUAUCUUCCUAUAAACUGACUAAUGAAGUGGUGGAUGCAAUCAUCCGAGUUAUAAAGAGGUCUCCAUCAAUUGAGACUAUCACCAUAACUGAUGCACAUGUAAAUAAAGAGCAAGCACAUAGACUUUCACUGGCGCUAUCUGCUAAUCCAAACAAGACAGUGAAAAAAGUUAAUCUGUCAAAAAAUGCAUUGGAAGACAAAGGUGUGACCAGUUUGGCAGGGUGUAUUUCCACAUUGCAACAGGGGAUAGAGUCUUUAAAUUUAUCCGAAGUUGCAUUAACUGCUAAGGGUGCUGGCAUCCUUGCUUCUUCUUUAAAGAAUAAUAAAUUUAUGGCUACAUCUCUUACAAGACUGGAUUUAUCAGGAAAUGUGUUAAAAUCAGAAGGAGCACAGUCAUUGUGUGAUUUUUUGGCACAACCAAAUGCAGUGGAAUUCUUGAAUAUAUCCCAUACAGAAUCAGCUCUUGAUCUUCUAUUUGGUGCAAUGUUUCGUGGCUGUCAACAAAACUUGCAAGAUGUAUGUUUAGCUGGUAACCCAUUUUCAUACAGAAAGUCCAAAGAAGUACAAUCACUCCCAGCCUUCCAACAAUUUUUUACCUCAUCCCGAGCAUUAAAAUUUGCAAACUUAUCAAAUACAAAACUCCCUGCGGCAGCACUCAAAGCUAUUAUGGUUGGUUUAAUUAAUAAUCCAGUUUUAACAGAUGUUGGGCUAGAUUUGUCCCACAAUGAGAUAAAAUCAGCUGGUUCAUCUGAAAUUAGUUCAUGCAUUAAAGACGUUCGAUGUUUAACAAAAUUAAAUCUUGCUGACAAUGGCCUAGAUCAAGAUCUUGAACAAUUAUGUGAAGCUAUCAGUAACAGUCACUCAAUCCGAGAAUUAGAUUUAGCACGCAAUGUAUCGAAAUCAAAACACAACAAUGUUGUUUCUGAAGCUUUGGCUGAAAUGGUGAUGUCAGAAAUCCUGCCAUUAGAAAAACUUUCGAUUGCUGACAACAAGCUGCGCCUGGAUGCAGCUGCCAUCUUUGAUUGUGUUGGAACAAAUGAAACACUUUUGGAAAUUAAUAUUAGUGGCAAUGCAAUUGGAGAUGUCGGUGCUAGACUCAUUGCAAAAGCCCUACAAAUUAAUACAAAGUUAAGGGAAAUCAUUCUGGACAAAAAUAACAUAACAUACAAAGGUUUACAAGACUUAGCUUUAGCCAUGAACAGGAAUUAUUCAUUGCACUCAAUCCCAAUACCUAUGGCAGACUUGACUGCAUCUUUGAAACAUACUGGUGAAUUAUUUAUGAAAUACUACAGACAGAUUGAAAAAGCAUUGAUAAGAAACCAAUCAACACAUGAUUCUACACCUGAUCAAGCUUACAAAGUUCAUCAAGGACUCUUGUUGAGUAGUAUUGACAACUAUACUCAAUUUACAGAUGGACUGGUUGUUCAACUUCAAGAUUUAGUAAACAAAUACAAGAACUCAAGUUCUGAACAGAUUCAAAAGGAAGUAAAAACAGCUAGAUGUCUUAUUAAAGAAACAGACUCCUUUAGACAGGUGUUACUUCAAUUAUUUUCUGAUCCUGAAUCUACAAAAAAAAUACUUGAUGAAAAGUUUCACAAGAUUUCUCAAGACUUUCAUGACUCUAUAGAAAGUGUUUUGCAGGGAAACCUAGAUAAAAUGUUGAACGAGGCACAAAAAAUUUGUCCUUCUGCUCUUGGCGAUGAGAAAGUCAUUAAAAGCAUCAAACAAGAACUGGUUGAUGGAGGAUUAUUGGAUAAGCAAGUCGUAAAUAACUCGCUUAUUCAAUUUGGUAAAAGCAACCUGACCUAUAAACUAUGCGAGUCAAACUUGGAUACAGGAAAUUCGCUUGCAGAGAGUUUCAAGAAAGUUUUAGUAGAAGCUCUUCAAAAAAGUGUUGAUGCUUUGAGUGAAGCAGACAAUAAAGAGGAACAAGCAGUGGUGGAGAAACCUAAAACAGAAAGCAAACAAGAAGAAAGUACAGAAGAAGAUGGUGUUACUGAAGGGAAGAUAGAAGAAGAGUUCGAGCUAAUUGAAAAAGAGGAAAGUAAAGAAAUACCAAAAGAAACAGAAAAUGUGAAAGAAAAAGAAGACUUAAAAGAAAAAGAAGAAACGGCCUUGGACGACACUAACAAUAAAACCGAUGAAGAUAAAGCAAAGGUUGAAGCGAAGGAGAACAAAGACUCUCCUCCUACUAGUCCUUUGACACCAUCGGUUACCAUUACAUCAUCACCAAUUGUAUCUGAGAUGUUUGAUAUGCCAUGGGAGCUGUCUGCUGGCCAACGCAUUUCAAUAUUAGCUUCAGAUCUAAGUGACGAUGACGAUGCAGACCUGGCUGCAAGUAAAGCUCGAAGUAGGCUGAGCACAUUGACAAGUCGUCCAGAUAAACAUCAACGGAAAAGAGCUUCGGUGAAAAGAAGGCCAACAUUUUACAGAACAGAACAGGACAUCAACAUUGACACUCCUUCGCCUAGGACGCAGAGUGGUAGUGUUUCUACUAUUAAGGAAAGACCAGCAAGUACUGAAGUUAUAGAUGCUCCACCAGAACGUGUGCACUUACCAAGCGUAAGUGCAUUGGAUGCAGUGAGUGCAAGUGCCAGUCAUCUCAAAGUAGCUAAAGAUCGUGCCAAACCGCAAGGAAGGCGCGCUCCAUCCAGGGUGUCAAAAUUAGCGCAUAUGAAUACAGAAAAUGCUGACAGCUACAUCGACGCACAAGUAGAAGUGUCUCCUAAGACCUCUCCAAAGCCGUCCCCGAAACCUUCACCAAGGCAACGACCUGUCUCAGCUAUGCCUGCUAGCAAUUUAACUGCGGAGUCACAUCCCGUGCAGAGGGCUGCGUCAGAUAAAAUAAAACCAGAUGCUCCAAGGAAACCGGACAAGAAAGAGUCUAAAAAAGAAAAGUCGAAAAAGCCGAUCGGUGGCAUCCAACUACCAUCUCUUCCUGGAUUUUUGAGAAAAGGUCGUGGAUCUUCGAAAGCUGAAACGGCAGAUGCAAAAAAUGGAUCAGGGGAUGUACCCGACGGUAAAACUAAUGCGUCAACAGCUGCCACGAAACCCGAGACGAAACCUAAUCCACCAGUAACCGAAACAAAACCAGCGGAACCCAAGUCAGAUGUGGAACCAAAGGUAGAAGCAACAGCUGAAGAAACAAACGAAACGCCUGACGUAGAACCGCCAGCGCAACCAAAGCCAGAACCAGUAAAAAGGCCAGCCAUGAUACCCAAGAUUGGAAUCCCUAUGGCAGGUGGUUCGGCGUUACUUGCUGAGAUGAAAAAACGACAAAAUAAGGGAGAUGGCACAAAACCUCCAGCUCCAGGACCAACAGCUAAACCAAAACCACCCAGUGCUGCUGCCAAACCAGAGCGUCAUGGUUCCAUCGGUGCGAAGCCGCCACCGCCCAAGCGACCAGCAUCACUCAAAAAACCUAACGGAGAAGGAAAACCUGUUGCGGCUGAACGCCCUAAACCAGCUCUGCAAGAAACAGCUGAAGAGUCAGCCAUGGAGAGUGUAGCCGAGGAGUCUAAAGCUGAGAAUUCUGCCGAAGAGCUAGUGCGAAGCUCAAGCUUAUCCGCGGAUGCGAAUAAAUCGACCGAAGAUGCGAAAAAAUCGACCGAAGAAGCAGAUGGCGAUUCGGUGCCGAUGCCUGAAGAACCAAAGGUUAAAGAAGAGGAACAAAAGGAAGAAACAAACGAAAAUGCUGACGAUCCUGGGGAAUCGGCAGCCGCUGGUAUAGAUUUUAUAUAAGUAUUUUAUAUUUUGUAAUUUUGUGAUAGAAAAGCAAUAGUUGACGCCUGUUAAAUUUGAUUAUGCACAACAACACGAGAUAAAAUUUAAUAUGUUUUAUAGAGAAAAGAUAAUGAAAAAGAAAUUUAUUAAAUAAUAGCGGCCGUGUAAUAAUUACACGAUUUUAUUCAUAAUUGUCGCCGAAGCUAGCAUGCUACUUUAACAUCUAGUGAUUUCUGAAUGCUUUCUAAUUGACGUGAUUAAAUCGGCUUUUCAUAAAUUCUUAAAUAUUAUUUUUUGUGAUUGAUAUUUUUAGUGUGAAAUUUUAUAGAAACUAGUCGGUUUUUUUGUAUCUUGGUUUGUUCUGAGCAUGCGCGUAAAAGGCAAUCGCUUUUGUUAAUUAUUUUUUCUGAUUCGUUAACUGUUUCGAUUUGAUUGCGUUGCAUUUAUUUGAAGGAAGGUUUAGAGUUGUGCACAAAAAUUUUUUUAUCCUUGAAAACUUUCGGAUGACCUAUAGAUGUACCUUGCAGUGUAACAAAGAAUGUUUGAAAUUUAUUUUUUUAUUUAUUAUUUCAUAAACGUAUACGGUAAAAAAGACUGUAUGGAGGAGUGUAUCAUGCGCUCCUACGUCGUUGCUUUCCGGGGUUUUUUUGAGUCGGAAAGAUAUGUUUGUUAUAAUUCAUGAUAAAUACACACACUAGAGGAACACACAAA